AUGCUGUACAAUGGAAUAGGUCUACAAACCCCUAGAGGCUCAGGAACGUCAGGCUAUGUGCAGAGGAACUCUGCUUCCGUAGAGGACGGUAAGUAUCAAGAUAAUGCCAGGGGAAGAAUAUAUAAAACAAGACAAUUGCAAAUACAGCAAGAUGAGAUUUCAAAAGCUAACCAGCAGCCGAUAGAACAAGAUGUGAACAUCAAAGAACACAAUAUGAAACGAGAUGUGGAACUUAAAUGUAUGGAAUUGAGAGACCUUCUUGAAGAUCAAAAUGUCGAAGAAGAGUUGAUCGCGAAGAAAGUAGAAGACUUAAGAAAUAGGCUUUCGUCUAGCAAGAGGGAGAAGUCACCAAUACGGCAAACUGAACGUGGUGAUCUGAACUUUAAAGACAAAACGAGUGAUAAGAUCGAGAAAGAAUCCAAACAUGAUGAAGUUGCAAAUAAUGAACUGAAAUCAGGAUUAACGUAUAGAUCUAGAUAUAGUGAGAGAGUGUCUAGAAGUUAA